UAGACCGUGCAAGCAGACAGACGAGGGGGAGAGUCUCCUACGUUUCACCGACUGUCACGUGUAGUUGUGCAGAGCGGUGAAUCGUUUCAAUUUUAAGAACAAACAGCAAAUAACAUAUAGAUCAGACCAGACGCCCUGACCGGAAAAAUAUAUCAUCUCGUAGGAAUAAUUCAUAUUUCACUGCUUUAAAUAACUAUCUUUAGGAGAGUGGCCAUGGCGCCAUCUCUGUCAGUGGCGUAUAGGAGGCGCUGGUGGAUGGCUGUGACAGCGGUAAUAGAGAACCUGCUCUUCUCUGCUGUGUUGCUGGGCUGGGGGUCACUGUUAAUCAUGCUCAAGAAUGAGGGCUUCUAUUCUCACCUGUGCACAGAAAACACAACAGAUGCUCAUGUUAAUGGAAGCUCAGAGGAGACCUUGGUGUGGCUCAGCUGUGUGGAGCAGGAGGAGAUUCUAAAUCUCGGCUUUACAAUUGGCUCAUUCAUCAUCAGUGCAGCCACUCUGCCAUUAGGAAUCUUGAUGGACAAAUAUGGGCCACGUCCACUUCGGCUUCUAGGCAGUACCUGUUUUGCCUUCUCCAUGGUCUUGAUUGCUGUGGCAGCAUAUGAUCCUUCAGUAUUAUCUGCCCUCAUCUUCAUUGCUGUCUCAUUCAAUGGCUUUGGAGGAAUCUGUUUGACCUUUACUUCACUGACACUCGCCAACAUGUUUGGGAAUGCACGUUCUACCAUUCUUUCGGUCAUGAUUGGCUCCUAUGCUUCCUCUGCAGUUACAUUCCCAGGAGUAAAGCUAAUCUAUGACAUGGGUGUGUCCUUCCAUGUGAUCUUCUGGGUGUGGGCGGGCUUAGCUUGUCUGGUCUUCCUCAACUGCUUUGUUAAUUGGCCAGUGGAGCCUUUCCCUGCCCCUGAAGACAUCAACUACAAUAAAAAUGUAAAGCUGAAAGGUUUAGUAAUGGAUGACAUUGUGACAGGAGACUGCAGCUACAGUGAUAUGACCACUGUAGAGCAGGGGAUGACUAAAAAACAGCUUUCUGACAACUGCGUACAGAGUAGUGAAGCAGCUUUACCGAACCAGGGUCCACCGCCGUUUAGCCGCUCUGUGUGUUCGGCCAUCUUUUUGUGGAGUUUAAUCAUCAUGGCGAUGACCCAACUUCGCAUUAUCUUCUAUAUGGGAGCCAUGAACAAGAUGCUGGAAUUCCUGGUUACCCAUGGCGACCAUGACCCACCAGCAGAGUUGAUGAAAGAGGCAGAUGAACAAGUGAGCUUCUAUUCGUCCAUCUUUGGUACUCUGCAGCUGCUGUGUCUGGUGACUUGCCCUCUUAUUGGCUACAUCAUGGACUGGAGGAUGAAAGAGUGUGAGGAGGAGACAGUUAUUGUGGAUGGAGAGAAAAGGGCCCCUGGCAGAGUCAGAAAGAUCCAGAAACUCACCAAUGCAAUCAGAGCCUUUAUCUUCACCAACUUACUGCUGGUCAUUUUUGGCAUCAUAUGCUUAAUAGACAACCUGCCUAUACAGGUGGUCUCCUUUAUUCUUCAUACUGCAGUAAGAGGUUUUAUUCACUCUUGCUGUGGGGGACUCUAUGCUGCUGUGUAUCCCACAAACCACUUUGGCACUCUGACAGGCCUGCAGUCUUUAGUGAGUGCUGUUUUUGCACUUCUCCAACAACCACUCUUCAUCUGCAUGUUGGGACCACUCAAAGGAGACCCCUACUGGAUCAACUUUGGCCUCCUUCUUUUCUCACUGGCUGGUUUCUUGUUGCCGGGAUACCUGUUCUACCACCGCAGACAACUUCUUAAAGAGGAGAAACUGAAGGAUAAAGCAGUGAUGGACCAGUCAGCACAGGAUAUGGUUGUCCUUAACCAAUUAGAAGAUGGUCGUGUGAAACUCCAAAGCAAUGGGUUUGCUCCAAAUGAUGUCAGUUAGCAGUAAAAUGCAGUGGUAUGGUAAAAUGUGAUUCAUGAUAAAGACAAAAGAUUUUUUUUGUUCCUUUAAACCAAAUCUAGACAAAUGCAAAUUCACACCCACAUUCAACCAAACAUUAAAAAAACAACUCCUUCAACACCUUAGCUAAGGCUUUUGUAACAACAACAACAUCAUCAUCAUCAUCAUCAUCAUCAUCAUCCCAUCCCCCCAACCUUUCAUAAUUUGUCACAAACUCUUUCUCUAAUAUUUAGCACUCAGUCCUUUUCAGGGACCUAACAAAAUUUGUUUUUCUUAUGCAAGCAUCUUGUAGAACUGGAUUUAAUCUUUUAUUUCACAAAACCAAUGAAUUCCCUUUGUGCUAACAGACUGGUAUCAUUAUAAACUACCUCCUCUAGUCGCAUCCCUACAGACAAUUAAACCAUUUUGGCUCAUUUGUAGUCUGUUGGAACAGAGUGUAUGUGUUUAUCAUUUGUAACUCAUUUCUAAUAAAUUGUCAUUUAGUUAUUAAUAUUUGUACAGAAAGAGUGUGUGUGUCUUAGUUUGUUUUAUUGUGUGCAAUACAUCUGUAAGUCAUGAAUCAUUUCAGUGUUUGACUGUAGCUGUGGUUUGGCUUUCUCUUUUGCCUCAGCAUAGUAACACUGCGCUAGUACUACCUAGUGUGUCACUAAAUCAUCAGUAUUACUGAAUGACAUCAUACCCAUGAAACCUUUAGUCAAGAACUGCUGUACUAAUCUGUAAAGCGUAGAUUUGCUGUAAAAGCACCAUUUCACACCUCCUUUGUCUGCUGGUAUUUCUGAGCACUUUUCAUUUAUGCUAUUUAAUAAAUUAGGAAGUCAGAAAUGGGCAGUAAACUUUGAAACAUGUUUUUUCCUGUUAAAGUUCUAGAAACAAACAAAACCAGUCUGUAUCGCAACACCAUUUGGUAAAUUCAUUGGGCUUAUUCAUUCUUGUUAUUUGAAGACUAACAUACCUACUUUUAUUUGUUGACCUAAAAUGUCAUGCUUUUCUGCACCAACACCCCAAAGUAUAAUUUGUUUGCAUGUGACCAACACAGUGUUGACAGGCUGGACUUUGAAUAACAAUGGGGUUAUAGAUCAGGCAUAGGCCUUUUAGGGAAAUUUACUGUUUUCUUUGAAAAGGUCAUCUAUAUCUAUUGGUAAAGUUAAUCAUGUCAGAGUUGCUAAUUACAUGUCCUUAUUUAAUCAUAAGUGCCUUUACAGAUGGUGUAAACAUCACUGGUGUUCAAAUACAGUGUUCAGGUUAUUUUCUGGUAUUAUGAUUUAUUUUUGAAUCAAUGUACUCAUUGAUGCCAUAGUGCCUCUUGUUUGCACUGUAGUGGGCUUAUUGCUGUAAAAUAUGUUUUAAAAUGAAUAAAAAAAAGUGAAAGUAUGA